AUGGUCGCGGCAGUUGGUGGACAGGAUUCUCUCACGACGAUCAGUCUGUACGUCGGCGACUUGCACCCAGAAGUCAAUGAGACCACAUUGUACGACAACUUCAACACGGUGGGCCCGGUGGCGUCCAUCAAGGUUUGCCGAGACAUGGAGACGCGCAAAAGUUUGGGUUACGCCUACGUAAACUACCACACGGUGCAGGACGCGGAGAAGGCUAUGGAGCUGCUCAACUUUACGGAAAUCAACGGCCGCCCUUGCCGCAUUAUGUGGUCGCAGCGCGAUCCUUCGUUGCGCCGCAACAACGCGCUGAACCUCGUGGUGCGCAACCUAGACCCUUCCGUGGACAGCAAGGCGCUGUACGACGCUUUCAAGCGGUUCGGACCCAUCGCGUCGUGCAAAGUGCGCCGCGACGCCGAAGGCCGCAGCUGCGGCUACGGCUUUGUACAGUUCGAGUCGCUGCCCGUCGCCGACGAAGCGAUGCAGCGCAUGAACAACACCGAGCUAAACGGCAAGAAAAUCUCCGUCGUUAAGUUCCAACGCAGUUCCGAGCGGCAAAGUGGCAAGCAGCUCUACUUCACCAAUGUCUACACGAGAGACUUCUUUGACUCCUGGACCAAGGACAUCUUCGAGAAAAUUUUCUCGCGCUUCGGACCGGUGAACAGCGUGUACCGCGCGCAAGACUCGAAAAACCGCCCCUACGCGUGUGUAAACUUUGUGCAGUCCGAGCACGCGAAGGCCGCCAUUUCCGCGCUACACGGCGCGCAGUUCACCGAGAUCUGA